GGAAGUGGAAACACACACAGAGCUACAGCGGUUUGAUUGACAAUGUCGACCACUGCGGCGUUGUCGGAGGAGUAAUCUUAAAUUUGGGAUCAUCUCUUGCUUGCGAGUUUGACCAUAAAUCCCUUCUGGAGUUCUAGUUUUUUUUUUUGCUGUUCCGAGCGCGCCCUCCCUCCUGCUGAUCUGUCCUCACAUCUAUUCUUUACAGGAAGCAGGUGUUGUGUUAAAACGGCCGCAGGUCUCAUUUACCUUGCAGCCCCCACCUCCCCCCCUCGAAACACACAAGCUCCUCUCUUCCAAAGAGAGGUUGCCAUGGCAAUUGUUGUCAUGAUGCCAAUGUAGCGUCCUGAAGGUGGUAGUUGUGGAGGUAGUGGUGGAGCUGGAGGAGGUGGCGGCAGCAGCGGCGGCGGUGUUGGUGGUGGUGGUGGUGAAAGCCCAGGAAUGGGAAGCGCUCCGUAUCCAGCCGGUGAGUGGAAGGGGAAGGGGAGAGGCGGCCUUCAGGAGCUGGGCUGCAUGCCCUGGAAGGUCAGCAAACAGAAAGGAGGCGGAGGUGGAGGUGGAGGAGGUGGUGGAGGAGGAGGAGAGGUGGUGGGAGCAGAGGAGCGGAGGUACAGGGAUCCCAGGGACUCUCAGCAGCAGCAGCAGCAGGAUCUCUCAUCCUCCUCUUCCUCCCUCACCCCGCCAGCGCUUGCCCAGCCCUCUCCAACACCUCCGGCUAUUUAUCAUGAGAAGCAGCGGAGGGAACUGUGUGCCCUGCACGCGCUUAAUAACGUCUUCCAGGACGGGACAGCCUUCAGUAGGGACACCUUGCAGGAGAUCUACCAGAGGCUUUCUCCCAACACUCUGGUGACGCCUCACAAGAAGAGCAUGCUGGGAAACGGGAACUAUGAUGUAAAUGUCAUCAUGGCAGCCCUGCAGACCCGGGGGUUUGAAGCAGUUUGGUGGGAUAAAAGAAGGGACGUAGGAAGCAUCGAACUGUCCAACGUGACGGGCUUUAUUCUCAACGUGCCGUCCAAUCUGCGCUGGGGGCCUCUGCGGCUGCCGCUCAAACGCCAGCACUGGAUAGGGGUCAGAGAGGUGGGAGGAGUCUACUACAAUUUGGACUCCAAGCUGCGUAGCCCUCAACCCAUCGGCAAUCCGGAUGAGCUCAGGAAGUUUCUCCGCCAGCAGCUGCGAGGGAAGAACUGUGAACUCCUGUUGGUGGUGUCAGAGGAAGUGGAGGCGCACCAAACGUGGCGGUCCGACGGUUAAGGGUGAACCGGCCAAUAUCAGCUCCCACUGGCCCAACGGCCCAACGAGAGAAUGAACGUGAGACAAAGUGGAGUUGUGCACAGCCAAUCACGUGGAUGCACACUUGCAUAUGUCAUUUUUUCCCCCUUUUUUGGGUUUUGUUUACAUGGCCAUUGCUGGACUCUUAUCUGAUGAGAUGCAAAGCAAUGAAGGAAGCAAACACUUUACAGGGAGAAUCAAAGAAUCACAGUCCUUUAUUCACAACACAGUUAAGACUUAUAAGAAGUUAUUAUUAAGUUUCUGCUAUUCUUGUGUUUUUAUAUAUAUUGACUAUUUUUCAAUGUCAGUUUUGAUCUGUUUUAUGUUAGUUUUUUUUCUUCCUUUUUACUGUUCCAGUUUCCAAAGUUAUGGGAACACAGGCUGUAUGGAAAAUGCUGUGUUUAUCUGUCCCUCUCCUUCAGUGAUCCUCCAUGUUUCUGUCUCUCCCUUAAUG